CUGCUUACAUCAUCAUAGCGGAUUGGACCUAAACUAUCAUGAUACUAACAUGCUUUGCUGGCUUGCACUUGGCUUGUACGACAGUUUUACUGGGUCUGAAUCGGACCCUCGGGCCUCGGACAAGUCUGGACUCUGAACAAGCUUGAAAUCCUUACUCGAAUCAUGUUCAAAAUUUUAAAUUCAAAGUGUUGUUUUCGUUGAAAAACGAUGCCUUCCAUGAUCCUCCGUUCCACCACCGUGACAGUCUCGCUUCCUCUCCCUAUCGAAAGUGGAGUGUCAGGGUCGUAGAGUCCUAUUUGCAGAAGCCUUCGUCAUAAGUUUGCUCGGACGGAGCCUUGGUACAUCCAAGUCUACCUCAUCAUCCGCCUCCCUGAUCUAUUGAGGACACAUCUGCCUGACGCAGAGCUACCAUACCAGAAUCAACGCGGCUUUCAUCUAUACACGAUGGAACAGAAUUUGGUUAUAAACAGCACAGCAUCGGAGAAGUAUAUGCGAAUAGCAUCUAUCUCCAUCGCAUUUUACGAUUAUAUCCUCACACUCCCUGCAGAAUGGCGCUUUUACCGAAGCCAAUCGUCAAUUUUUCACAUGAGUCUAUCCUGCGUCUUGCUUAUUCUCAUACGCUAUGUCAGUAUCGUUACUAUAGUAACCAGCAAUUACGGAUACUUCUCCUCCCACUUCACCCAACAAGCGUGUCAACAAUAUUAUCUUGUUGCGCCUAUCUUCAAAGUCGUACAAACUAUGAUAUCACAGGCCAUCCUAGGUGUCAGGACCUUCAAUGUUGCGAGGAGAGAUAGGCGUAUUGGAAUUGCCCUGUUGCUGAUAUACUUCUUCUUAGUUUUGGUGGAGUGGUUUACCAAUAUAUUUGGGCGGGCCCCUGUUGUUAUUGAUCGUAGCUGCACUCCAGCAGAUGCUGGUAGAACAUUGUCAACGUGGUUCUUCUACCUCGCCCCGAUGUUGUAUGACAUCGUGAUGGUGACGAUUUCUACCAAGCACCUUCUGCAUUAUAAUCCUUUGAGUAGUAGAGUGGAACGGCUGAUACGGGUCCUGAUCUAUGACGGUGUUGGAUAUUUUCUCGUGUUGUCUGUGUCGAACAUACUGAACCUCAUCCUUUAUCAUACGACCGAUUUCCAGACGCAGUCGGCAGGGGCAUCAAUGGGUUAUGCUGUGACGUGGAUAAUGAGUCAACGGAUCCUCAUCCAUAUACGAGAAAUGACAGAGCUAGACCCUCAACACUUGGAAAACGUGGUCAUCGCGCGUCCCACGCUCACUGCACGGGCAAAAAUGACAUCUGGUCUCCGCUCACAGUUCGAAUCCAAGAGCCAGUCGAAAAACUUGAAAAACUCCAGAGAUGCAGACUUCGCGCCCACAUCGCCUCGCAGUGGGAAUGCUAAUACCAUGGAGCUCGGUAUACGUGUACGCGUCGAGCGCUCGGUGGUCCAAAACCAUACGCCUGCGGAUGAAUCUGAUCGUUCAAGUCUGUGGGAGACGAAAGGCAUUGGCGCGGAACAAGAAUCGUAA